CAUUGUUCUCAAAAUGCAGCAUCGAUGAGUAGCGGUUGAAACGAACGUUGUUGCCGAUGCGGAGGUGAUGCUUGGAGGCUUUGUCACUUCGCUCUUGCAGCGUGUGGCAGGGACCGAUGAUGCUGGCGUCCUUGAGGCCAUCAAGGAGGAUGCAUCGGUUCAACAGGUCUUGUCUGAGCCGGUCUUGGUCCGUGCUGUGGAGGAUAUCCACAAAAGCCGUGCAAACUUGGAGAAGUACCGAGAUGUCUCGGACGUGCUGUUGGCGGUGUCCAAGGAUUCGAUGAAGAGAACGCUUCUUUCAGAUCGGCAUCUUGACAUCUUUCAAAAAACCUUUGACGUUCUGAAAGCUGAGACUGUGCAGGGUACAAUUGGGGCAUUGCUGACAUUGCCCGUUGACAGGUUGACGCUCUAACUGGGACGGUGAGCGACUUGCCAAUAUCCCAGGAUGACCAGGUACCCCCAGUUGCCCCAGCAGCCUACGACUUUGAGGAUUGGUCAGAGCUACCUUGGUACGCCAAAGAUUGGCGUAUUGGCAGAAGGCUGCUGGAAAAGGGCUUUUGCAUUUUGAAGGGCAAUCUGAAUGGCGACACCCGACACGAAGCAGUGCUGGAGGCGAUGGACAUAAGAAAGAGCGGAGGAUUUCAGAGGUUGCCAUGGGAGGUCUUAGGUGGGUUCUUCGGCGAGAUGGGUUCAGCCUGGACUCGGGAGCUGAACGGAGAACCACCCGAGCAGGC